AUGGAUAUAUCAAAUAGUAGUGGGAAUAAAAUCAAUACUACUACUACUACUAAUAAUAAUAAUAAUAAUAAUAAUAAUAAUAAUAGUAAUAAUACAUCAAAUAAAAUUAAUAUAGAUAGUAUAAAUAAUAAUAUAAAUAGACAAAAAGAGAUUUUAAGAGCACAACAAAAACAACAAAGAGAUAAUAUGAAGAGUUUAAAGAAACAACAAGAGCAUGAAACAAUGUUUGAUUUCAUUUUACAAUGGGGAUCAUUAGCAUGUAGUAAAUUAUUAUUUUUCCCUAUAGAAUUUCCAAUUCAUGCAUUAACAACCUUUAUACAAUCACAACCAACACCACAACAACCAUUAUCACCAAAUUCUUUAAUACAAAACUUUGGUGUUGGUGUAUCACCAUCAAAUAUACAAUUAUCAUCAUCACCAUCACCAUCAUUAUUACCACCUCAACAACCAAUACAUUCAUUCACAUAUAAUAUAGCAACCUCUUCAUUUGUAGAGAAUUUACCAACACCAGUAUCAACAUCAUUAAUCAAUCUUUUAAGACAUAAAGGAAUUCAUAUCUAUGAUGGUGGUAUGGUUUACAUUGUACAUAAUAUGAUCACCAUUUUAAUAAAUUUCAUACAAAGAUCCUUUAAUAACUUUCAAACCAAUUUAAAAAAUAAUCAUAAACAUGGCAAAUCUCGUUUAUCAAAGAAUUCCAUUCAAUUGAUUAGUGGCUCGCUCUCUUUACUUAAAUAUGCCCUAACAUUACCUUUGGAUGUAAUUAUGACUCGUCUCAUCGUUCAUAAAUUUUAUAGAUCUAAUAAUACUCGUAAUAAUUUAAAUGAUUGCACUUUUAGUGGUGUUUGUAAAAAUGAAGGAAUUAGAGCUUUAUAUACUGGUUGGGAAGUUAUUGUUUUAAAAUCAUUAUUAGAACAGGUUUAUACUAAAUUAGAUAAUAUAUUAAAAAAUAAAAAUAAGAAAAAUCAAUAUCCACAAAAUCAACAAUAUCAACAAUAUCAAAAUAAUAAUAAUAAUAAUAAUAAUAAUAAUAAUAAUAAUCAACAACAACAACAAGAAUCUGAAAAGUCACCACUUCAAAUUACAUUAAUGGGUGUUAAAAUUUUAUUAGAUUAUAUUUUAACAGUUGUAAAAGUUAGAUUAAAUAUUAGAAAUAUAGGUUUAUUUAAAACAAUUAAAAAUAUAAUUAGUAGACAGGGUAUUAGAGGAUUAUUUAGUGGUUUAAAUACUUAUUUUUUAUUAUUCCCAUUAUGGAUGAUUUCAAUUUUAGUUGCAAAUAUAAUAUUCUUAAAAGUAAAAGGUACUCUAGAUAAAAGUAUAAUACCAAUUCCACCAAAUUCUUCACAAUCUCCAAAAUCUUCAAAUAUUUCUUCAUCACCUUCUACCUAUGAUGGUGAAGAUACUGCUGAUUCUGGUCUUUGUUUAAUUGGUGAUAUCUCUUCUCAAUUAGUAAAGGAUGACUCUGAUAAUGAUAACGAUAUCAUUGAAAAUAAUAAUAUUGAUAGUAACCAACAUACAUCAGAGGAAGAAGAGGAAGAAGAGGAAGAAGAGAGUGAGAUUCAAAGAAUUGAACAAUUAAAAGAGAUUCAAGAACAAGAGGGAAAACAAGAGCAACAACAAGAACAAGAACAAGAACAAGAACAAGAACAAGAACAAGAACAAGAACAAGUACAAGAACAACAACAACAACAACAACAACAACAACAACAACAACAACAACAACAACAACAACAACAACAACAACAACAACAACAACAACAACAACAACAACAACAAGAACAACAACAAGAAGAAAUUCAAAAAGAAGUACAAGAAAAACAAGAUGAUUGA